CCCCUGAAUGGCACACGUGUACGUUUCGCGGCAAAAAAGAUUUCGCGCGAAAAGCGGACCUGGAUCAGCUGGGAAGGCAACAACAGUCAUCACAACAACAACAAGGCAAUAGAAGAGCCCAGCGACCCACCGGGAGCUUUCCGCAGACGAGAUGGUGCACAGUUGAAGUUGAACUUUCGGGACGCUUUUAUCGCUCGAUUUUUUUUUAAACUGUACUUUAGUUGGACAGCUUCCCGCAUGCCCCAACAAACCGAGUGGGGGCUGGUGCUAAUAACUCCGCUAGCAUGCUAAUAUGUCCUUUACUGUAUGUUCUCAUAUAGGACGCCGUUUCUUAAUGGCCCCACUCAACAUACACUUAACAUAACUGAUUCAUUUUUUGGAGGGGGGCGGGAGGGGGAGUCGAAGACAAAGUGGAAUUAUCUUGUUAUUGUCGCACUGCGAUCUGGAGCACUCACGGAAAACCGCUGCAAAGUUAUGAUGCCUCAUCUCACUCCGGGCGUUGUUUUCUAAUCGCUGCCGUUCGAAAGACGUAAACGACGUUUUCGUGGCGGCGUUUGUGCACUUUUUUUUCGUGUCGAUCGCGCCCGUCGCUUGUCGACGGGGCCUGGUGUCGUGCUGACAACCGCAGUGGAAAACAAAAGGUUACCAUGCUAGCUCGCGAUCCAUCUGCUCUUUUGAUUGCCUCGGCCUCUUUGUUGUGCUUUCACACGACCUCCGGCUUGCCCACUUGAUACCUCUUCCCCACUAUUCUAUUCCGAAUACACAUUCCGUCCUGUUUCACUCGAAGUGAGGUCCGAGUAGGAUUACCAUUCAUGGGUGACGUACCCUCAUGAGGAACUUGUCACAAAAGUGUUACAAGUUGGUCGAGACCACUUGAAGGCAAACGAUCACGGGGUCUGUUAUUGACAGAUAAGGUUGAGCUUUUUAAGUGGACAACUUGUUGAGUCAAGCCGCAUCCCGUUGUGACAUAGCAGAACUCUGCCAUGUCAGAGACCCUGAUAACAGGCCACUCGUCAGAUGAUCUAUUGGCUGACUUUGAGACUUUGCUCAACUCUGGAGGCGUCGCUCUGGGUCAGGACCACCAGAUUGUCAUCAUCACCAGUCCCAGCAACGAGGGACUCCACCCGGACAGCGCCCCUUCCAGCACGGGAGAAAUCUUGCUGUUUGCUACCCCACAAGGUCCUGCUGAUGUGGCCUUCCAUGACAACAGAAGGCCAAGCCUGGGGAGGCCAUCGGUUAAGCGGAAGUUGGACCUGGACAGCGACCAUCAGUAUGUUAGCACAACCCGGCCGUCUUCGGGCCACGCGCCUCCUUCCACGCCUGCCCCUCCCAGAAUUCCUCGGACUGUGACGGAAAAGUCUCGCUAUGACACCUCCUUGAAUUUGACAACCAAGCGUUUUCUGGACCUCCUGUCCCAGUCGGCCGACGGGGUGGUGGACCUGAACUGGGCCUCGCAAGUCCUUGAUGUCCAGAAGCGGCGCAUCUACGACAUUACCAACGUUCUGGAAGGGAUCCAGCUCAUUUCUAAAAAGUCCAAGAACCACAUCCAGUGGCUCGGGAACCGCGUUGACGGGGCGUCGGUCGCCCUCCAUCAGCAGUUGCGGAAGGAGGUGUGCGACCUCAGCGCGGCGGAGGAGCAGCUGGACAAGCUCAUCUCCAAAUGCAAUCUGCAGCUCACGCUGCUCACCGAGGAGCCUCAGAGCAAGCGGUUGGGCUUUGUGCACUGCCAGGACCUGAGGACGUCGUUUAAUACGCCGGACCAAUUAGUCAUGGUCAUCCGAGCUCCCCCGGAGACCCAGAUGCAAGUUUUAAACCCCAGCGAGGGUUACCAGGUGUCGCUGAAGAGCACGCGGGGUCCCAUCGACGUCUUCCUCUGCCCGGACGAUAGCUCUGGGGUUUGCAGCCCCAUGACAGGAAGUAGUCCCACGAAAACCGGUGCCGACAUGCCGGCGUAUACGCGAGGCGGCCGGUCGACACCCGGUAAAGACAGGAGCUUGGCAGCGGCUUUGGAUCUGGCUUUGUCAUCUCCGGCGUCCACGUCGUCCAUAGUGACGGCAGCGUCUCAGCCAGAAUCCUCCUCACUCAUGCUAAAUGGCGAAACAGAAUCCCUCAUGGGCACCGACCCCUUCUCAGGCCUCGGGGACAUGGGUGACUUUGACUUCUCCACGGACUUUCUCCACGGAGAGAGCCUCCCUCUCCCGUUGGAUGGUUUCAUCAACUUGUCUCCUCCUCACAGUCCCGACUACCACUUCGGCCUAGAGGACGACUUUGGCGUCACCGAACUGUUUGACUGUGACUUUGGUGACCUGUCACAAGUUUUGGAGGAGAGUUAGACGUGGGGCCGGAGGUCAAUGCACAUAACUUUCUGUUCUGGAAAAAUUGAGACUACGGUGCAGAAUCUUCGGAAGUUUCGCCUUUAGAUUUGUCCAGGAUGCGAGGGCUUCGCCAUCUUGAAACUUUAAAACACAGUGCAGUAAAUUUUAAAGGAACUUUUCGGUAUAUUAAAAUGUCAUUAUGGGUGUGAUGCCUGACUGUUAAAAAAAUAUUAUAAAGCUAUAACUUAAAUUUUACAAGAUUACCGUUCUCGUCACUACUCCAAACCCCCCUCACCCCUAAUCGUAAUGGCUAGUUUUCCUUCGCGUUAAAAUAGGACAGUGGAACCUCAAUAAAACAAACUGAUAUAAAUAGUAGUCAACGGACGGGCAUGAUGGAACGAUUUGUCUAACAACCGUUUACAUUUUGUCAAUUAAAAUCCUGUUGAGAAAGUGUUUAUUUAGUUCUGUAAUAAGUCUGUGUUGUUUACUGGCACUGUAGCGCAGUAUGGGCAGGGAACGGGACUGACGUAUUUCCACCUCACAGAUAAACAAUUUUACAAUUCAGAAAAUCACCCCGAAAUUGUACAGCACUUCCCUAAUUGGAAUUUAAGCUUAAAUUAUUUAUGUAUUUGUAUAUAAAUGUGUAUUUUUUGGGGGUGGGGUUUAAGUGCAGGUGAUGUGUUGAAUGGCAUGCGCAAGUGACUUGUGAGUUUGGAUUCAAAGUGGGCGUAGUAGAGCUUGCCUGGUCAUAUCUGGCUCCAGUUGGCUUCCUGUGAGACAUUUACGUGCAAAACUGCCAAAUGAUUUGCGUCUAAAUCACUGGAAUCCUUGAAUAUACGUGUUGAUAGGUGCGUGGAUGAUCGCUGGUGUAGCCAUACAGUAUAUUGUAUUUUGGUGUUUUAGCAUCACCCUGCCCCAGCUCAAUCUUCACCGUUUAAAGUACAGUAGAUGCAUUCCAUGGGAACAGUGCAGGUUAAAUCUAGCUGGUUGAGCAAUGGGUGGAUGGUCCCAGAAGGUCUUUUUUUUUUUUGGUUUGUUUUCCAGAAACAGGACUUGUCCUGUUGUUCCUAAGUGCACUUACACAUGUCAAUUCAUGUUGAUGCCUUAAAUCAUUGAUGUUACAGCUUCCAGGGAUGUCUUAUCUGGACCCCAAUGAUCAAUACUCACAUGGUGGUUUCUGUUUCCUACACGUAGGUGUAACCUGAUACAUUUUGUCAGGAGUCGACAGCAAUGCCAAUUUUUUUUUUUUUACUCGGCCUAUGGUCGCCAUGAAAAUUGUUGCUCCUUUAUGGCUAACAAUUUCUGCAUCAAAACAGUGCAGAGUCUAAGGGGGUUUGUGUGUGAUGAAAAUAAGUUUUUUAUUUGCAGUGUUAAAUUUUCUAUUUAUUUAAUUGGCGUGUAGAGAAAGUGGUACAGGACUAGCUGCAAGGAAGGGACUUUUUGAAUGAACCAAGCAAAUGAUUCGUGUAUUUUUGUAUAUUAGCUUUAGCGUAUUUAAUUUUGUAAAUCUGCUCGGGGCUGGCAAAAGCGUGCUCCAAUGUCGAAUUUUGACUUUCUCUGUCACUUGCAUCACGUUGUUAUUGUAUGUUAUCGAUUUGAUAAACAUCUCCAUUGCAUAUGUAAGAUGUUUCCUCUAAUGCCUCUAAUUGUCAUUAUAAAAUUAAUAAAUCAAGGGGUAUUUUAUUUCCCCCUCAUUGAGUUUACCCAAGUAUGAUGAAGAUUAUCGGUUGUUAAUAUUGGGGAUACCCACGAGCAAGCGUGUAUUUUUUUUUUUUUUUUUUUAACGUGUCAAGAGCAACCAAAUCACUUUUUAUUGUCUGUUGUUUUGUUUGGAAUGUUAAAAUUUUGCAUUGGUAGUGGUGAUUGAGUGCCUGCAUCUUAGUUGAAAUUGUUGGUCCAAAAUUUUUUUAAACUCAUUUUAAAUGUGCUAAAAAUAGCUGAUUUGGAAAAUAACUUAUAUUCUGGCGGGGUAAAAAAAAGUUUUUUAAAUAUGUGAACUUAUUUAUAGCUCAAUAAUUGUCUCAGCUCCAACCCUGGUUUAAAGUGCUUUGAAGGGAAUCCUUUUAAAUAUUCUGUCAAAUGUCAUCUUGAAAUGCCAAUUUUUUUUCAGGCUUCAGUUUUGUUUGUUUGUUCAUAAAACUGGAUCUUAUUUGUGAAUUUUGGACACUUUCUGC